CCGUCACACGUCGGUGCUGAUAUCGGGAAGGCAGUUCGCGAUCAAGAAACUCCAGGACGGCUAUGGAGCUGAUCUGGACAUUGGCGACACAGUUGAAGAGAUCUUUGAGGGAACUCCAAAUGACCAGCUCAUCGUGAAAGUUAUCCCCGCCACGCAAAACCGAUUCUCUUCGAUUCCACCGGAGUCCAACCUCCAGCCGGCCGCCCUGAAGAGGAAAUUGGAUGUCAUUGAGCAAGCAAACAAGAGAAGGAGGCUUGACCGUGUCGCUGAACAUCAGGACGCGGAUGUCCCGGUUGAAUCGAUGGAGGUGGACGUGGAUCACGACGCAGAAGCUGGGGCUACAGGGGAUGUCGAAGUGACCGGGCGCAAUGGGGUGGUUCUGGUCAAAGACUCCCAACCGGAUGCGCUGGUAUCCCCAUCGUCCCAGGAAAAAAAGAAGAAGAAGAAGAUGAAGAAGUCGGCGGCUAGAAUUGUCGAAGACUCCGACGUUGCGAUCCCGUCCUCUAUCCCUAACAACACGGCCGAGCAAGACCAUGCACCGGAGCAGUCAUCUUCACCCAUUCAGAUUCGACCGAGCGAGGAUUUACGAGCGGAUGACUACGACGUUCCCAUAUCGGAAGAUGAGGAUGAAGAGGAGGCCCCUCCCAAACCAACGGGCAAACUAUCAAGGCCGUCAUUUUUCACACCCAGAAAGCCAGGCAACAACGUCUUGGGAAUCCGUCCGAACGGAUCACUGGAAACCUCGGGUCCCAUGUCCGCAUCUAAGGCACUCGACGCGGCGAGGGAGCAACGACAAGUCGGUUCCGCGACUUCCAGUAAAUCGGCACAGCUACCGCGGAAACCGUCGCCGCCCGUUGCAUCAAAAUUGAUGGGGAAUAUGCGACCAUUCCUCACGCAGAACAAUCUGGUCCCUCAGAGAGGUGAAAGCUCUCGUUCAGCGCAAUCGAAGUCUCUGACCCCGAGGGCCACAUCGGCAUCAAGACGAGCGAAGAGUGUUGCUACCAAGACCGUACCUGCUGCCGGCGGAAAUAAAUGGGAUGACCACGAGGAAGAAACGCUGUUGAAGGCGCUGAGGAAUAGCAUGACCCUUAAAUACAUCGAGAACAGCAAUUUACUUCCUGGGCGGAGCUAUGAAUCGAUAAAGGGAAAGGCGAGGCUUUUCAAAUCCAAUGGGCGAAUCAAUGACGCUCCUAAAUCAUCUCCCCCGGCCUCUUCUCUGAAUGUAAUGCGUCCUCCACCGAAACGGUCUGGCCUACGGAACAGCGACAGCGCGGCGAUCUCCGUCUCGGCUAGUCCUCGAAACGCGACCGACAAGGUUACACGACUCGGUCAACGCCCAUCUUCCAAAAGCGCCACCUACAUCACUGCGGACGACGAUGCCUCAGAAGUAAGCGAUCCUGAAGUACCGCUUGUCCGAUCCAACCCCCCAUCAGAUUUAUCCCGAGCGCCCCGAUCAUCCAGCAUUUCUUCCACUUCCAAACGGCCGAUUGCACCAGCCUUCCGAGCACCCUCCAGCCGACGGGGGAGUUCCGGCGGGGACUCGAUCUCGAUUGACGAUCGGCGGUCGUCGAUACGGGAUAGCGAUUCGGUUAUUUCUGGGAGAUUUUUAUCGCCAAAGGCCAGUGGGGAAGAAGGCUCCGAGGAACAAGAGGAGAGCAAAACGUCAACAUCGGCAUCCAUAGAUGAGAACACCGGAAACAAGGAGUCGUCAUAUCACGUUGAUGAGGAUGAUAAUGACACCACCGACGAUGAACCUACCAUCGAAGUGGAGCGGUUGAAGAACUCGACUCCCGGCACCGGCAAAAUCACACGUGCUGCAAAGGUAGCUGAAAAGACGAAAACUCGUGCCGGAGAGCGAAAUGUCGCUGAAACGGACGAGUCGGAUGCGGAUGAGGAAACGGACACUAGGGAAGCCGCUUCUAGCUCGGGAGAGGAGAGGGAGUCUGAAGAGGACAAGGAGGAAACACAGGCGGUGGAAGCGGAGGAGACGACGGACGAGGCUGAGGAAGAGGUGAUCGAGAAACAGUCAGUGGAGGCGGAGGAGACCACGGAUGACGAAGAGGAGGAAGACGAGAGCGAGGCAACGUCAGUGGAAGAAAAGGAGACCACGGAUGACGAAGAGGAUGACGAAGAGGAAGCGGAAGCGGCAUUGGCACCGGUGCCGCUCGUGCCCCGUGAACGAUCUGAAGUGUCGAGCGAUGAGCCUGAGCGAUCUCCUGCCCAGCUCAAGGUCCAUCCCAAAAAGAAGAACCUCCCUUCGUCACUCCCCACCGCCAAGAAAACGGAGUCAUCUCCAGCACAGUCAGUUCAUCCGCCCGCAUGGCAAGCGGUCAACAAAAUUGCGUCGCAGCCGAGCGACCAGGACAUGCUCGAUGCUGACGACGAGAUCCCCUCCUCCCCUCCCAUACUCGACACCGAACCCGUUGCCUCCGCGAAGAAAGAAGAGCCUCCGAAACCGAAACCGGCGCCCCCUGCGACCUACAAAUCCCGGUUUCCAUCUUUCCGCCACGCGCUCAACCCUAGUCAGAGCCAGGGCCGCAGUACUCUGUCCUCCCCACUCCCCGGCCAAGCAAAAAGAUCGCCUACUGCAACGAAGCCACCGACCCCGAAGAACCCCAAGACGUCCGCCUUGACCUCCCCGACCACCAAACCCCUCUCAUCCGCCACGAAAAAGCCCCCCACGAAAAAGCCCCCCCGCGCCUCUCCCUCCAGCGACGCCUCCUCCACCUCCUCCGAAGACGACGACGAUGACGACGACGACGACGACGGCCCGGACAUGGACGCGGUCAACAGCAUGCGCACGCCGCGCGAGAAAGGGCAGGGUCGGCUGCACCAGCUCGCCAACGUGGUCAAAAGAGCGGACAAGGAGAAGAGCGAGCGACUUUCGUUUGGGAGAUGGUGAUUGGUGAGCCGCGUGGGCGCCAUCGAUAUCCCGUGUAUCAUACACCAAUAGUGCUUGCGGUGGGAUAUCGUUUUACGCCGACUGGAUCGAUCAUGGAGCUUUUAGUGGUGGAGUACGGAGUUGGUUGAGUGAAUGAAAGGGUUGGCGGAGGAAUACUAUGAAGUGUGCAGCAGUGCAACGCAGAUAAAGGACGGUUCCAUCGCAGCGAAAGUUGUGCAUAAUGCGGUGCGAUCCAUGCUCGGA